CGCCCCCGAGCCCGGCCCCGCCCCGAUGGCGCCGCGCGGGUCCCGGUAGCGGCGCGGCCAUGGCGGGAGCGGGCGGAGCAGCAGCGGCGGUGGCGGCGCACAGCGUGCGGGUGCUGCGGGAGCUGAACCGGCAGCGCGCCGCGGGGCAGUUCUGCGACGCCACGCUGGGGGUGGGCGGCCGCCAGUUCCGCGCGCACUGGCCGGUGCUCGCCAGCUGCUCGCGCUUCUUCCGCGGUGUGGGCGGCGGUGGAGGCGGAGGGGGGGGAGGACCGGGGGGGAGCCCGGUGCCGCUGCCCGAGGGCCUGGCGGACACGUUCCAGCUGCUGCUGGAUUUCUUCUACACCGGCCGCCUGGCGCUCACGGCGCACAACCGGGCCCGCCUGCUGGCGGCGGCCGAGCAGCUGGGCGUGCCCGAGGCCGUGGCUCUGUGCCGGGCCUUCCGCCCCCCCCCCGCCGCCGCCCCCCGGCACCGGCCCCGCCGCGCUCCCAACGCCCCCCCCCAGCCUUCAGCGGAGCCCCCCGAGCUUUGCGGGGCGGCUACGGAAAGCUCCGUGCCCUCCGCUGCCCCCCCUGAUGCCCCCCCUGCUGCCCCCUCCACCCCCGCUGUCCCCCCCCCUCCGGUAGUGGGGGCGGGGGGCGGCGGGGAGGAGCCCCCCGGGGGCAGGAAGGGGGCGAGGGGCAGGAGGAAGCCCCCCGAGGGGGCGGUGGGGAGCGGGAAGGGCGCGGCGGCAGCGGCGGAGUGCCCGACGUGCCACAAAACCUUCCUGAGCAAAUACUACCUGAAGGUGCACAACAGGAAGCACACUGGAGAGAAGCCCUUUGAGUGCUCCAAGUGUGGGAAAUGUUAUUUUAGAAAAGAAAAUCUCCUGGAGCACGAAGCCAGGAACUGCAUGAACCGAUCCGAGCAGGUUUUCACGUGCUCGGUCUGCCAAGAGGUAUUCAAGAGGCGGAUGGAGCUGCGGCUGCACAUGGUGUCGCACACCGGGGAGAUGCCCUAUAAGUGCUCCUCCUGUGCGCAGCAGUUCAUGCAGAAGAAGGACCUGCAGAGCCACAUGAUAAAGCUGCACGGCGCCCCGAAGCCCCACGCGAGCUGCGUUUGCACGAGGCGUUCAAGCACCGGGGAGAGAAGCUGUUUGUCUGCGAGGAGUGCGGACACAGAGCCUCAAGUCGCAACGGCUUGCAGAUGCACAUCAAGGCCAAGCACAGGAACGAGCGCCCCUACGUUUGUGAGUUCUGCCACCACGCCUUCACGCAGAAAGCCAACCUCAACAUGCACCUGCGCACGCACACCGGCGAGAAGCCCUUCCAGUGCCACCUCUGCGGCAAGACCUUCAGGACACAAGCGUAGCCUGCGCCUGUGCCCGGACGGGGACUCCCAGCGGACUGCUGACCUCCAGCUCUCUCUUCCCCUGCUCACGGCAGCGAGCCUGGACAAGCACAACCGGACCCACACAGGGGAGCGCCCCUUUAGCUGUGAGUUCUGCGACCAGAGGUUCACGGAGAAGGGGCCGCUCCUGAGGCACAUCGCCAGCCGGCACCAGGAGGGGAGGCCCCACUUCUGCCAGAUCUGUGGGAAAACCUUCAAAGCGGUGGAGCAGCUGCGUGUCCACGUCCGCAGGCACAAGGGAGUGAGGAAGUUCGAGUGCACCGAGUGCGGCUACAAGUUCACGCGGCAGGCUCACUUGAGGCGCCACAUGGAGAUUCACGACCGCGUGGAGAACUACAACCCCCGGCAGAGGAAGCUGCGAAAUCUGAUCAUCGAGGACGAGAAGGCCGUGGUGGUGGCCCUGCAGCCGCCCCAGGAGCUGGAGGUGGGCUCAGCCGAGGUCAUCGUGGAGUCCCUGGCCCACGGCUCCCUGCCCGAGGAGAUCCCUGUGCAGAGACUCUGUUCCAACGAGAACUUCCCUGCGGCAGACGUGAUAGAGCAGUCGCUGAUAAUAACAGCAGCAAUUCCUGAUGGCUGUGAAACGUAGGGCGGCUGCACGCAGCCUUCCUACCAAACACAAGAAAGCGUUAGGCUGGAGUGAGGCUCUGCUACGCUUGUUCUUCUCAGCCUCCAGGGGCUUGAAGUCGUACGCCCAGCCUCUCUCCCUCCUCCAGUUUAAAGAUCCUACCCCCGGGUUGCAGGGAAAGUUCCUAAUGAAGCGAUAAUCGGGUAUCAAACUAGGAAAUAUGAAGCUACUCAGAAUGACUACUUAACUGUACAUACAUUGUAUGGGAUGGGAUGUGAUUGACAACUCCGUAUGUGUAGUACUGUGAAUUGCUUUUUAAUGAGCUCUCAUUCGUGACCAGAAGGGAUAGCUGCCUCACCUCCCGUUUCUACAGCGCUAGCUCUUAGCUUGCUCCAUUAGUUCUACCUUUGAGUCUGAAUGCUCGUGAUUAAAGUUUACCUUCCGGAAGAGUGUCUGACUGCCCCUUUCCUUAAAUGUGUGCUGGAAGGACCGUGUCCUCAAUUAAAUUUGUGCCUUAUUUCCACUCGGUUCUGUCAAGCUUCUGCUACUUAUUACCGUUACUUUACUACAUUAAAGGUGUGGUGUGGCCUUG